AUGCGCUGGCUUCCCCUGUUCGCCAUCGUCGCGGCCGAUAUCUGGUCUGUUGUGACAGCCAAACCUCUUCUGCCAACAGACGACCCCUGGUAUGACCAGCCAGCGAACAUUGCCUCCUACGCGCCUGGCCAGACGAUCCGUUCUCGCGAAUUACCGAGCAAGUUGGCACCCUCCAUCCCCCUCCCAGUCGAUGUGUCGGUUGAAUCUGUACAUCAGUAUCUGUUCCGGACCACGGACAGUCUGGGAAACCCAAUCGCCGCAGUGAAUACGCUGAUCCAGCCCCGUAAUGCGGAUCCCUCAAAGCUACUUGCGUACGCGCUAUUCUAUGACUCCUCCAACCCGGCCUGCGAGCCCUCCUAUGUCCUUCGGCCAGACUCGGAUUCUGGUCUUGUCGGAAUUCUCUCUCCUAACAGCACUCUAACGCCAGAUGCUGCGGUUUUGACCGCAUCCCUGAAUCAAGGCUGGUGGGUCGUGACCACAGACUACGAAGGAGUGAACGCCCACUUCUCGGCCGGUGUGAUCUCCGGCCAGGCAACCUUGGACGGUGUUCGCGGGGCUCUCAUUGAAGCCCCCAAGCUCGGUCUGUCAAAGGACGCUCGCUACGCCAUGUGGGGAUACUCUGGCGGUUCGAUCGCCGUCAACUACGCGGCAGAGUUGCAGCCAACCUACGCACCGGAACUGAACUUCGCCGGUGCCGCCGCGGGAGGCAACAUCGCCAAUCUGAGCUCUACUCUACAAAGGGUCACGGGCGGGCCGUUCGCUGGACUUGCUUUCGGCUCGAUUGACGGUCUGUCCAAGGCUUAUCCGAAUGUCUCCGAGUGGCUCGACCGGUCCCUUGUUCCCGAGAAGCGAGCUGAAUUCAAGAAUAUUGCCAGCAGCUGCCUGAUCGGUGAGGGUACUCAAGGGUUCCUCAAGGAUGUCUACUCAUUCUUCGUGAACGGCGAGGAGUCUUUCAAUGAGGACGUCCCUCAGGAUGUGAUGCGUCUCGCCGGACAGAUGGGUGUGCGCGGGACCCCCAAGAUGCCCAUGUACAUCUAUAAGCCCGUCCAUGAUGAGAUCAGCCCCGGGGCAGACACUGAUGAGCUGGUUGACACUUACUGCGCGAAUGGUGCCACUGUUGAGUACGACCGCGAUCUGGUCGGUGGACAUGGUAGCUUAUGGGUGACUGGAACUACCAAUGCCAUGGGAUGGAUCGCCGAUCGCCUUGAUGGGAAGCCGGUUUCCCAUCCUGGAGCAUGCACGAAGCAGGAUGUGAUUCUGUCGGAUCUGAAUCCGGACAUGUUCCACUUCUUUGGAAAUCAAGUGUGGUCGCUGCUGAAGUGGACUUUGGGUGGCUUCUUGGGACCCCGGUGA